UCGGGGGCGGUUCAUGUCUGUUGUAGCGUAGCCUCAACAGGGACGAACAGCUAGCACGGCUGCUAACUACUAUUGUAUCUUUCUUUUUACGCGGGGCUCUUUUUGGUGGUUUUCAAGUAUGAACAAGGGUGAUUUUAUAUCCGGUCGCGGGAAAACACCAGCAGUCCUCGACAAAGUCGACAUGUCAUUGGAUGACAUCAUUCGGUUGAACAAGAAAGAGCAGCAGUUAAAAAGGAAACAGACCACCGUGAACCGCCGACCAGUGAAGAAGAAAGGCCGUUUGACCCAGGGAAAGGGACCCUCAUCAAGAACAGCUGGGGCUUUCCAGAGAGGAGGUGGCGUGCCCCGAGGAGGAGCAACGAAAUUAAGAAACAGAAGAGUCCCUCCCGCACCUGGUCGACGACGGGGUCAAGGGGUUAUCACAGGACUGGCAGCCAGGCGGCCAGCUGCACUGCUCAAACGAGCUGGCACACUGAACAGAGCAGCAGUCAACCAGAAAACAAGACCCAAAACAAAGCCCUUCAUUCAACGCACUGAAGCCCUGUACAGGAAGCCUGAGCUACAGAGGCGGCCGUACAGGCAGCCCGAUCCACAGCGAGGCCAGAAUGCAACAGCAGUCAGGAGACCAUUUCAGCUGCGACGGCGACCACUACCGCCCAUCCAGCAGACUCAGAGGGAUGCCCGCCAGGCCACUUUUCUUUUUCACAGAGGACUCAAGGUACAGGCCCAGGUGCAAAAGCCAAAUCCUCACAGUCCUCCGGUCCGAACUCGGCAGUGGCGCACAUCGACAAGCAGCAAUGGGAUCUUGACUGUUUCCAUAGACAACCCCACAGCCAGGACUCAGCCCGAGCCUCCCACUGCUUGGACUCUGCAUCCCCCAGCUGCCGUCUCUGCUCCCGUCAAGGUGGAUAUGGCAGAGAAGAAAAUACCAAAAGGAGUGCCUCUGCAGUUUGACAUCAACAGUGUGGGGAAGCCGCAAACAUCUAUCACCCUGAAUGAGCGAUUCCGCAUCCUAAAAGAUAGACGCACCGCCACAGCACAAAGCAGCAAAGGCAGCCGAUUUGUUACUGUGGGUUAGCCGGCAAGAACAACAUGUCAGGUAAUGCUCAGAAGCCCUUUUGUCCUGCUCAGACCCACACAGUGAACCCCACCUUUCUGACGAAUGGGACGUGCUGACCCAGUGACUGACUUUACUAACGGGAGGGAGGGUAACAGCGGGACGCGAGUACGACAUGCACAAGUGCUCCACUAUGAGAGCUCAAGUGUGCAAGUGUCAAUGGAAGAGUUUGUUUGAAAUAAGUUCCCAUUCAUUGUCGAUAUCAUUGUACUCCGCUGUUGUAUUGUGGGUGUCCUUUACUUGGAAGAAAGGAGCUUUUUUCCACUUUGGACUGGAGCUGCUCAUGAAGACUGUUGGGAAGUAAGGGUGGCAAGUUUGUUCUCAAAAUCUUAUUUUGAGAAUUGUUUUGUAAUGUUUCUUCAAAUAAAUGAGUUUUUC